UCAAAGCCGUUCCUGGUCAUUCAGAAAAGGGAGCUGGAACUGGGCCCGUGGACUCUUCCCUUUCCAAAAGAAGAGCUCAGAAGAGAAGGUUCAUUUCUUGCAAAUCUCACAGCUAUGCCUCAGGGAUCAGUGUCAUUCAAGGAUGUGACUGUGGACUUCACCCAGGAGGAGUGGGAGCAACUGGACACUGAUCAGAAGGCCCUCUACAGGGAUGUCAUGUUGGAAAACUAUUACCACCUUAUCUCUGUGGGGUUUCACAUGACUAAACCUGAUAUGAUCUGCAAGUUGGAAGAAGGAAAAGAACUAUGGACAACAGAGAGAAUUUUUUCAAGUCAGAGUUAUUUAGAAGAAGAUGGGAAAGCUGAAGAUGUUUUAAUGAAGUUUAAACAAUACCAAGAUAGGCAUUUUAGAUCAGUUGUAUUCAGCAACCAUGAAAGACCAAUUAAGGAAAGAAAUAAUAUUUUGGGGAAGACACUUGCUGUAGGCAAGAACUAUAUUAUUUCAAAAACAACACUACAUGAAUAUAAACCUGAUGGAAAGGUUUUGAAAAAUAUUUCAGAAUCAGUCAUUAGAAAUAUAAGCCCUGUAAGAGAGAAGUUUGGUGAGAGUAAUGGAUGGGAGAAAUCACUUCUCAGUACAAAGCAUGAGAAAACUCAUACUGCAGAAAAUCUCUAUAAACGAACAGAAAGGAGUCUGAAUAAUAAACAAGAGCUUAUUAAACAUCAGAAGGUUCAAACUCCAGAGCAAUCAUUUGAACAUAAUGAAUGUGAAAAUUCCUUCCUUAUGAAAGAAAUGUUAUUUACAUAUACUGGAACUCAUAGAAAAGAAAGACUCUUUAAAUACAAUAAAGAUGGAAUGCCUUUCAUUGAAAAGUCAAAUCCCAGUGUCCAUCCACAAAAUCUUAUGGAGAAGAAGGCCCAUGCAUAUAGCAAAUAUGGGAAUUUCCUCUGCAGGAAGUCCAUUUUUAUUAUACAUCAGAGAUCUGAAACAGAAGAGAAACCCUUUCAUUGUUCUUAUUGUGGGAAUAGCUUUAGAAGGAAGUCAUAUCUCAUUGAGCAUCAGCGAAUUCACACAGGUGAGAAACCUUAUGUUUGCAGUCAAUGCGGAAAAGCCUUCCGUCAAAAGACAGCUCUCACUCUUCAUGAGAAAACACAUGUAGAGGGGAAACCCUACAUUUGUAUGGAUUGUGGGAAAUCCUUCCGCCAGAAGGCAACCCUCACCAGGCAUCACAAAAUACAUACAGGGGAGAAAGCCUAUGAUUGUACUCAGUGUGGAAGUGCUUUUAGAAAGAAGUCAUACCUCAUUGAUCAUCAGAGAACUCACACAGGAGAGAAACCAUAUCAAUGUAAUGAAUGUGGGAAGGCAUUUAUCCAGAAGACAACCCUCACUGUACACCAAAGAACUCACACAGGAGAGAAACCCUAUAUUUGUAAUGAAUGUGGAAAGUCCUUCUGCCAAAAGACAACCCUCACUCUCCAUCAAAGAAUUCAUACAGGGGAGAAACCCUAUAGUUGUAGUGAAUGUGGGAAGUCCUUUCGCCAGAAGGCAAUCCUCACUGUUCAUCAGAGAAUACAUACAGGAGAGAAAUCCAAUCAAUGUCCUCAGUGUGGGAAAGCCUUUAGUAGGAAAUCAAACCUCAUUCGCCAUCAGAAAACUCACAUAGGAGAGAAACUGUAUGAAUGUAAAGAAUGUGGUAAGUUCUUCAGUUGUAAGUCAAACCUCAUUGUCCAUCAGAAAACUCACAAGGUAGAAACCAUUGAAAUAUAGUAAAGGAUGUGACUCUUUUGUUAGUAAAAAACUUUUAAAGUCAUAGUAAACCCAGUAUAUGAUGUUGCUUGCAAGUGUAAUAAUAGUCAACAGUUUAAGGUACUAUAUCACAUAUUUACUUACUGCUUGCUAGCCUAUAAAACAUACACACAAAAUAAUUACUAGACAAUUAAAUGACAAAAGUCAUUGAAAAUACAAUCCCCAGUUUUCUAUUGUUAGAUUCAUCAGAUAUAAAAUUUCUCUGUCAAGUUGCUACACAUAUUUAAAGUUGCUUAUUUUUUAUUUUAAUACCUACCUUGUGAACCAGUAAUAUACAGUUCGUAUGUGAACCACACUAUGAACAAACAACUUUUAAAAAGAAAGGAGGUGUGAAUUGUAUUUCCCAUUGCAAAUAUUGAAUAAACAUUGUUACCUCCUCAGA